AUGGCAGAAACUGUGACGAAGCUGGUGUCACAGCGGGCGGUGGUGAUCUUCGGGGCGAGCAACUGCUGCAUGUGCCACGCAGUGAAGACGCUCUUCACGGAGCUGGGCGUGAGCUGGGUGGUGCACGAGCUGGACAAGGACCCCCGCGGGAAGGACGUCGAGAGGGCGCUCGCCAGCAUGGUCAGACGGAGCCCGCCCGUGCCAGCGGUCUUCAUCGGUGGCAGGCUCGUCGGUCCCACAGACAAGGUCAUGACGCUGCACCUCAGUGGCCAGCUGGUGCCGCUCCUCCGCCAGGCCGGCGCCCUUUGGCUCUGA